UUACUGUGCACAGAGAUCCAAACUCAUGUGGAAAUGCUGCUGAGGCACUGUGACCCAGGAGCCAUCUCCAAGCUCUUACCUUUACCUGGGGAACAGAGAGGAAACACAUUUGUAAUGAUGAUCUGUGAUGGUCUAUUCAUCACCCUCCCCUGAUCUCAAAACAGCAGGCACAGGCUCUUUCUGACAGCGAAAGCAGUCAGGACCUGGGCAAAGGGGUUUUUUCACUGAAAGAAUGGUCAGGAAUUGGAAUGAGCUGCCCAGGGAGGCAGUGAGGUCACGGUCUCUGGAAGAAUUCAAGAGGCCUCUGGCUGUGGUGCUUGGGGCUACGGCUUAGGGGUGACUGUGGUUGGGGAAGGUUAAUGGUUAGAUUAGAUCUUGAAGGUCUCUUCCAGCCUUGGGGAUUCUGUGAUGAGGGAGUCUCUAGUAUCACCAACAAUGAAUGCCAGUUCUCAGAUAUUUAAAAUGUGCAUGUUCCUGUGCCGUGUACGAAGAUCUGUGCUGGAGGAAGGGAACAGAACUGAGAACAGCCCCACCCAAACCUUGGCACUGGGUUUGUUGCCACACAGACAUAAAACCUGCACACUUGUGGCUAAAUUCUGCACUGGUGUGAUUACGUGCCUUCAUAUCAGCAGAGAAUCCAUAUCUUGUGUGGAUUGCCAUGAAGGAAAGAACUGAAAAAAAUACAUAUAUUUAAUACUGUUCCAAAAUCCAACCAAAUUACAAAUACAGUACCCUGAGUAAGAUAUUUUCUUGUUAGCAAAAUCCCAGCUGCUAGUCAGAAGGGUCGUAAUGAUAAAUAAAAGUCAGCAGGUGCCCUUUAUUUCAUUUCACAGACACAUGGAAAAUUUUGCUUAUCUCCAGGGAGGCCUUCCUCAAACCCAUCACUCUGUGGUACUGACAGUGCUAGUCCCUCUUAUGAGUUUCACAAUGAAAACAAACAAAUAAGAUAUUCCUGGUAGCUAUUUAUGCGUGUGUGUUUUCCAGAGAUAAUUAUGAACCCUAGCUGAAUUUACAGCAGACUAGUGCCAUGGGAACUACUGUAAAAAGAAAGUUAAGAUAAACUCAGAGAAAGGAAGGCAAAGGACACAAAGAUAAACCAAAAUGACAUAAUUAUCCUGCAAUGGUUUUUUUUUUUUUCUAGAAAAGGGUCCUUUUAGUGAGGGAAAAUGAGCAUCUACUAUUUAGUGCUGUUCUGCAGUCCUGAAGAUGAAGUAGGCAUGGAUUUAGCAUAAGUCUGUAAUGCUGUUCCAGGACUGACCUGACUCAGGAGUGGCCCUGCCCAGUUGGAUUUACAGCACAAAUCUUAGGGUAGUACCAGAGAACAGAGUCAGGCUUCUCUAGUUUUGGCAGAAUCUGUGCCACAGUUAUGUAAAUCCUCUCAUUGACCACCCUAAUGCAAAUAAUACACAUACAAAGCCUAGUACUAUUAUUGGAGAUUGUUUUAUGUAGCAGCUUUUUAUAUUUAUAUAUGCCAUUCAGGGUUCAGCAAGAGCUCUCAAAAUAUUCCUCCUGUCAACAUAAUAAUUUACCCAAACACUGCACUUUACUGCUUACAUAGAUGAAGUCUCAACACACAAAGUAUGAGGGAAACAAUCUGCUGACUUGUGUGGCACCAAGGUUUUCCUCCUGUUUCAACACUUCAGUCUAAUUAGAUGCUUUAAAUUGGCUGAAGGUGCUGUUGUUUAAUUUGAGGGAGGUGGAAAUACACAGGACCAAAUAUUUUCUUCCAGUUGUGGAUUUGUUAUUUAACAAAAGAAAACUUGACUGAUUUUUCAACUGACAGGAAGCAAGAAUGAAAUCUAAGGUAAAUAAUCUCACAGAAGAAGACUGAUUUCCAUCUUCCAGUGAAGCAGGCAAUCAGUAACACAGCUCUUACAUGCUUUUACAUGUUACAACUUUUAAGUGACUCACAAACAGCAGAUCAUUUUCCUCUCCUUUUGUCCCCAGCUGCUCAGCCUGCCUUAACCAGCUACUGCUUUGAAUGCAGCUCCCUCUCCUUUCCACACAUGCUGCCAAAGACCUCAGCUGAGAAAAAAAUUGCAGAAAAUCAUCUUCCUCUCAUCAGUGAUUCAUAUGCUCAUGAAUUUACACCUUGCUCAGCUGCCUAUCCCAGAUCCCACUCUGUUCUUUGCAUUUUAGUCAAAUGCCUCAAUCAAAUGCCCUUUAAGCUCCUGUGUGGCUCUGUGCCAAAGAUAAAAAUGUAUUUCCUCUAUCCAACACCAAAGCUUGCCUCAAGUUUUACUUUUCUCCUUGUUAAUGUGUUGCUAUCUUCCAUUUGUUGGGCUCUUAUCACUUAGGGCUGGUCUCAUAAAAGCUCCCUCUGGUUCAUACCAAAGCUUUUCUCUCUCAUUUCCUAAAUAUAAUCUGUUUGUGUAACCUCCUCCUAAUUCUCCCUUAUACUUUACAGGAAAUUAUCUGGACUCCCAGAUUUACAAUCUAGCCUCUACCACUGCCUUCUCCAUGUUGGGUAACUAAAAUUAACUAGCAAGAAACAGAAUCCUACCACAGCCAUUUGAGAGUUGUCAAGCAGGACAGAACAUAAGGCUGAAGCCUAAAAAAAGGACAACUCUGAACUCUCAUUUCUUCACCAUAAAAUUUGCUCAUAAGGAAGACACUCUUGUUUCUUCACAGCUUAGUGGCCUCAUUUUAAACUUCUGCAGCUAAUGCUAUUCCAGUUUUUCCUGGUUGCACAUUUUUUUGAGAGUUGUUUCCAGUUCUUUUCCAAUGGAGGUUUGUGAUUGUACAGCACUUAGAAAUCUUGAAUAUGAGGAGCCCAGAGCACUGUAAAAUAUUUUGACAGCUUGUUCUUGAAAUCAAAACAUUUCACCUGAAGGGCAUAGUUUGCUUGGGUAGAAAAUAACAGCUCAUUUUCUUAUGCAAAACAACUCUGCAGCAUACUGAAGGUACACAGAGUUAUUCACAUGGAAAAAUAUCAAUUAUUUUGUGAGUUGCCCAUGCUGUGCAGGGCUGUGGAAAGGUGGGCAUUUACAUAGUGCUGUGAUUAAGGUGUAUUUGCAUCGCCGUGGGACAGGCAUUUCCAUGUUCUUAGGAUGCCAGCAGUGCUUGGAUCAAGUUGGCUUCUCCCAACACAAGGGAUGCACCCAAGUCCCCAUGGGCUUCAACUGCUUGGGGCAGCAGAACAUUAAUUUUUUUUUUCUGCUGAGGUUACUUUGUACAAGCCAGCAAUACCCAAGCAAAUCUCUGCAUGGAAUGGAAUGGAAUUAACAGAGGCCAAGUGCUGAGGAGCAUUAACACACUGACCUGCUGGGAGACACCAGCACAUCCAUUGGAGAGUGAGCUUUUCUCACUUUGUGCUCAGUGAAAUAUCAGAGUUUCCUUCCAGACACUAUUAAGUUCCAAGCAGAGGAAGUACAGAGAAAUACAACCAGCUGGUUUGCUUGGGAAGAAGUGGCUGUGCCUAACUUUGGUUACCUCUCUGUAUUCAGAGGGCAAUCAUAGCUCCUCUCUGCUUUCAUCUUAGAGACAAACUGGUCUUUCAUUCUUCUCCUGCACGACAGUUCAAUUCUCCUGCUCGUCCCAGUAAUGCACCUCUCCGUAUCUGUUUCCAUCUGACUUCAUCUUCCUGGAGCACAAUUGACCAGAUUCACUGGUUUUUUGUCCCGUGUGAAGUUCAUCAAAUAGAUUGGCCCGAAACUUAUUUUACAGAUCUACAAAAGCUUGAAGAUCAGUCAGAAAAAGAAACUCUGCCUUCCCUGAGACAGUCAGACAGACAAACAGUGGAACAAAAAAUGCCAGUGAAAUGUUGUUUCCACAGGUCAAAUGCUGGGGAAAGCAUGGCCUGGUCUGAGUCUGUGGAUACAGUACUAUCCAAUAAAGAGGGCCUGGCAGCUUUUCGGACAUUUUUGAAAUCCGAGUUCAGUGAGGAGAAUGUGGAGUUCUGGCUGGCCUGCGAGGACUUCAAGAAAACCAAAUCCCCCACCAAGAUUGCCUUGAAAGCCCAGAAGAUUUAUUCUGACUUCAUACAAGCUGAUGCUCCAAAGGAGAUUAAUAUUGACUUCCAUACCAAAAAUGACAUCUCCCAGAACAUCUCUGAGCCCACCCUCAGCUGCUUUGAUGCUGCUCAGAGCUCAGUCUACUGUCUCAUGGCAAAGGACUCUUUUCCCAGGUUUCUGAGGUCAGAAGUGUACAAGGAACUGGUGAAGAAGCACCAGGACAGAAAUCAGAAGAGAUGGCUCCCGUUUCUGUGAGGAAAAACACUGAGGCUUUAGGAAUUGAUAAUGCCUCCCAUUGCAAUUCUGUACAGAUAAUAUUCAUUAUUAAAGUGAUUGCAGAAGCCACUUUCAAGAAUCACCUGUGCCAGCUUGUUUUUAAGUACAAAUUGCACGUGAUGCUUUCUAAUAACAGUAGAGAAAUAUUCAAGAAGCAGGAUGGAAUAUGCUAGACACUUGAGCUACCUUCCUAAUAAAAAAGUUUGCCAUUGUUGUUUUUUUUUCCAGUGUUUGUUUCAUUUUUCAAAGAAAUAUGAGAUUUUAAAGCAUAAUGUUUUGGUUUUCUUGUUUGCUGUUGAUGCCUCUUUAGAAGUACAGCCUUCAAAAUAAAUCCCUUUCAGGAGA